AGAAAAGGGGAGACUCUGUUAUCUCUAAGGAGACAAAUAUAUAUUAAAAGCCUAGAGUUUAAUCUUUCAGCAACGCGACGGUAUAUCAUCACACAACAAUAAAACGAGUAUUUCUAAUUAGACAUUUAUGGUAAUUAUGUAACACAAGAAUUGCUCCACUAAACACCGAACUCAAUAAAUCAUGAGACACUCAUAAAACACAAAGAGUGGUAGUAAUAGUAGAGGUAAUAGUCUCCAGCAAGACGUUUCCAGGAUAACCAAACCGUUUCAGCCUCAGAAUGGAUGUAGAAAUGCUGCUACCGUCAUUCUUAAGAGAUCAUUUUAUGUAGGACCAGAAUUCUUGACGUUCUUCUAUUGAUAUUUGGAAUCUGAACAUAUCUUUUCGCUUUCUUGCUUCCUUCUACCUCUUUUGGCUAUAUUCCUUAUUUCAAAAACAGCAUUAUACCAUCACCUAUCACCCAUGAUGUCACCAGCUGGAGCUAACCGAGAACUCGUUGCCAUUGUUGUUAACCUCAGAGAAGAACGUUUCCUUCAAAAAUGUCUGCAGACCAUCGAUAUGGAGAGAAAAUACUCAUCAAAAGUUUUUGAACUUGACCUGCGCAUUCUGAAAGUUUAUCUGAAACGACUCAAAGAAAGAAUUUCCCAUAUCAAAUCUAACCUUACUGCUGAAGAAAUAUCUCAGGUAAGGGAAUUGGAAGCUCAAAAGAAACAUUCUAGUUCUUUCCCGUCUGCAGUUUCAAGUAGUGCUUUAAAAAUCGCUGCUGCUUACAGGUGCUUGAAACUUGAGCCAAAUAUUACACUUCAGGAAAUUUCAAAGUCGGCAGUGAAAAAUUUCCUUUUUGGACAAGACGAAAGUAUUUUGAGUUCUAUAAGCUCUGAAGAAAGUGCUGAAGAAACGAUGCAUGUCGGUCGGCGUCAGGAUAAUAUAAGUAGCUUAUCAGCAUUACUUAAUACAUCUAACAGAAGAAAUAGUGUCCGACAGCGACCAGCGACAUCAGUUUGGAGUAGAAGAGGCAGCAGACAAACAGUUCAAAGUACACGACCAAUGACGGCACCCAUCCCUCUUGACAUGCAAUUUUCAUCACACAUAGAAUAUACCAAACCUUCAUCCAUGGAUUAUUUACAGAAUAUUGAGAUGUGGCCAAUAGAAUUUGAUAGCGAUAUUGGCGGAGGUCAUUUUGGUGAAAACCAGUUUGAAGAAAAGCGAAAAAGAUGUCUGCAGAGUGAAGUUAACAAAUGCAAAGAUCUCAAUGAAAAAACGAAAAAAUUCAUUGAUAACAUGAACAGUUUUAUAUCUGCAUCUGAGAAACAUACCAGACUGUAUCUAAACAAAGCAUCAAAAGAUGACACCAUGUUUCGUAAAGGUGUGUUAAGCCCUAAGAAUAAACACCUGAGAAAAGCUCAACAGGCAAUUCAUUUCAAUCCAGUCGUACAAACAGAGUGGGGUCAUCAAGAAAAGCCGAUUGAAGUUUGGAAAGAUCUAAACAAAUGUCGUUAUUUAAGAGUUUCUGAUGAUGCGAUUGAUUUAUCAGGGGUGGUCACAUUGGCAAAAGAUCACAUGAAACAGUUUUCUAAUUCACCUGAUUUAUAAGUUUAUAAUCUUCCUUUUUUUAUAGAGACUCUUGAUCUUAAUCAUUUUUUUUGUUUUUGCUUUCUUAUCUCUGGUAUAUUUCUCAAAUCGGACAGAAUAAAAUGACCAAGAUUAAUACAAACAUCGUCUAAUUUUGGCACUCAACUAAUUAGAUGAAUUAUUGGAAGAGGAUUAAAAUGAAUUAGGUGGCCAUUGGUUGAAAGAACAAUUUUUUGAGAUAUGUGUUGUGUUUAGAGUGAGGAAG